AUGCGCGCCCACCCACAGCAGCAAUUGCAGCAGCAGCAGCAGCGGGGUGGCUCCAACGGCGCCAUCCCGCGCCCAAGCAGCGGCCCAGCCUGGGGCCGUGCAGGCGCCGGUGUCGCGGCCGUCUCCGGCGCGCCGCCACCGCCGCCACGCAGCGCGCCCGCGUCGGCGCCCGUUCCGGUGCCCGCGCCGCCCCCGCCCCUGGGCGCCGCCGGCGGGGCGCCCGCGGCGGCUGGCAGCCCCGCGGUGCGGUCGUCCCCCAUCGACAUCAGCGGCCCCCUGGAGGCCCGCAAGGAGGCCAACCGGCUGCGCAUGAGCAUGACGGGCAAGAAGGACCGCUCCAGCCCCUACGGCACUCCCAAGGGCGGCCUGAAGAGCCCUCUGACCAGCCCCCUGGUGGGGGACCCCAUGAAGGUGGCGGCACUCAACCUGGAGCCGGGGGUCAGCAAGAUGCCGAACGAAGUGCUGGCCGAGUUUGGGAAGUUCAAGAAGAGCCUGGAGGAGCAGCGCAGGGCCGAGGAGAUGCGUGCCAUCAAGAGCACACUCACCGCCUCCCUGCAGCGCACCAGCGGCGACGGCGGCAGCGGCAGCGGCAACAGCAGUGCUGCAGGCGCGCCGCCGGCGGGCGCGGGCGCGGGCGAGGACGGCGGCGUGGGGGCGGCGGCGGGCAGCGGCAAGCCGCCGCAGGCGCCUGUGGCGCCAGCCGGCGCUGGGGGCGAGGCCAAGAAGUCGUCUUUCAAAUUCAACCCCAAUGCCAAGCCCUUCUCCCUCAACGUCAACGCCAAGCCCUUCGUCCCGGGCACCAGCGGCGGCGGCAGCAGCGGGGGCAGCGGCGGCGGCGGGCUUGCGCCGGCAGCACCCGCCGUGCGGCAGCCGGCGGUGCCCAUCCCGGCGGGCAACAUCGGCGCGCCGCCCGGACUUGGCGCGCCGCCCGGCGCGAUGCCCGGCGCAGGCGGCCACAUGGGCGGCGCUGCGGGCCCGCCGCCGCCGCCGCCGCCGGGCGCGGUCGUCGGGAUGGGCGGGCCGCCAGGCGUGAUGCACCCUGGCGGCGCGGGUGGCUCCCUGCAGGGGCCCCCGCAUAUGAUGCUCGUCCCACCGCCGCCCGGCGCCAUGCCAGGCCUGCAGCACGGCGGCAUGGGCGGACCGGGCGCCAUGGUCCCGCCCGGCAUGGGCGGCCUGCCCGGCCACCCCGGGGGGCGCGGGCCGCCGCCGGGCGCGAUGGGGCCGCCUGGCGCGCUGGGGCCACAGGGCGGGCCGGUGGCGAUGAUGCCGCUGGCGGUGGGGCUCAUCCCCAUGGGCCCCGCGCCCGGCGGGCCCUUGGCCGGCGGCCAGGGCCUGCCGCCGGGCGUCAUGGCCGGCCCACGGCCGCCGGGCGGCAUGGGCGGGCCAGGCGGCGGCGGCGGCGGCGGCGGUGCGGGCAAGGGUGACCACCCUGAGCGGCGCGGCGGGCCUGGCGGGCCGGGCGGUCCUGGCCCCCACCAGGGUGGGCUGCGCCCCGACCCCCGGGGCCCCCCCCUGGACCACCACGGCCCGCCCCAGCGCGGCCCCCAGGGCGGCGACCACCACCACCACCCGGGCGGCGGCGGCGCCGGCAGCAGCGGCAGGGGCGGGCCCGACAUGGGCGUGCGCGGCGGCGGCGGCGGCGGCGGCGAGGGUGAUGGGCACCAUCGCAGCGGCGCGCACCACCGGGAAAGCCCGCGGGUCGGCAAGGCCGAUGGCCACGGGGGCGGUGACGGCCACUAUGGCGGGCGCGACAACGGCGGCGGCGGGCCGGGUGGCAGGGGCGAGCGGGAGCGGGACGGCGGCUAUGGCGGCGGCAUGGGCGGGGGCCCGCCUGCCAGCAGGGAGGGCAGCUUCCCUUCUGCCAAUGGCCCCUACAGCAUGCCCAUGUCUGGCGGCAUGAUGCCCACCCCCAUGCCCGUCAUGAUGGCCCCCGGCGGCUUCAUGGGCGCCCCCGGCCAGAUGGUCGGCUUCAGCCCCGGCCAGCAGGGCCCCGUCAUGGUGCGCCCCAUGGGGCCGCCCGGCGCCAUGUUCCUGCAGAUGCCGGUCGGCAUGCCGUUUGUGCCGGUCGCGCCGGGCACCAGCCCCAGCGGUCGCGCGCCGUUCUUCCCAGGCGGCGGCGGUUUCAUCGCGGUUGGCCCGGGGCCGGGCGCACCCAUGGGCAUGCCAGGGGCGCCCAUGGGCAUGCCCAUGGGGGCCGACGGCGGCCCUCACGGCGGCCCCGGCGGGCACGGGCCCGGCGGGCCGUCGCCGGGCGGCGGGCGCGGGCGCGGCAGGGGCGGACGCGGCGGCUUUGAGCGGCACGGCGGCGGGCGUGGGGGCGUUGGGCCCUACCACCCGAGCGGCCCGCCGCCGCCCAGCGGUGGCGGCGAGCGCGGCAGCAGCAGCGCCGCGCCGCACGGCAGCCCGCAGCAAGUCCCACGAGACGGCAGCAGCCAGCCAGCACCGCCACCCUCGCAGCCGCCGCCGCCGCCGCUGGAGCCUGCGGCUGUGCCGGCAGCACCGGUCGCGCCGGCGGGCGGCGCGGCUGGUGGUGCUGGCGAGGGCGGUGCUGUGGAGUGA